AUGCGGAUCGUCCCCUCGCACGAUAACCCGUCCUCCUUCUCGCACAACUCGUCGGCCCCCUCUGCCCCGGGCAUCCACGACACUCUCCGCCACGGCGUCGGCCCCUCGCCUCAUGACGCGGCCGCCAACAAGCCCGCCUCGGCCCACCCCCUCGAGGCCCGACUCAAGAACUGGGAGGCCACGCAGGAGGCGGUCCGAAUGGAGACCCUUCGACGGACCUUUGGCAUCGCCGAGCCGGUCCGCCGCGGAAUGGAACUGAAGAUUGUCCGCGACGGCGAGUGGCGGCCCAUGGCCCUCGGCGGCCGUCUGCCCAGCGUCCACGAGGACAUCCUGAGGGGAAGGGAGGAUACAAUCACGUGGGAGGAUGUCUUUACCGGUGACGAGAUGAGGGGUGUCGUUGGCGUCCACGAUGAGAUGGAGAAGAAGCUCAAGAUAUGA